AGUUGACGCAACGUGUUUAUUCCGUAAAAUGGUAACCGACGCCCUACGUGCGCGACGUACUUAGUCUGUCUUCGUCACUCAAUUAAAGCAUAUUUAGUGAAGAGUUUUGAAUAACUAGCAGACGCUCGCCACAGCCCAUGUUUACAACUCAUUCGGCCCAUUCGAAACGAAUUGACAGUGUUGCCUCGCAACAUUCGCAGUAGUAGUAGCAGCAGUAAUUCAGGAUUAUUGUUUGUUGACUUUUUGUUGUGCCUGUGAGUGCGGCGAAGUUCUUACUAGUGCGCGUUAUUCAAUUCUUUGUCUAUUAUCUCCUACCAUAAAAACCAUGGCCUACAAUCCCUACGGUGCUCCAUCAGUAAACCCUCAGGUUCAGCACAUGUUUAUGGCUGUCGACAAAGAUCGUUCCGGUCAAAUCACGGCGAAAGAGCUUCAAGUAGCUCUGAUCAAUUCAAAUUGGAGUCCCUUUAAUGAAGUACGUAUUGAGACUUGCCGUUUGAUGAUCUCAAUGUUCGACCGGGAUGGUACGGGCACAAUCAAUCUUCACGAGUUCCAGCAGCUAUAUGACUAUAUUGAGCAGUGGAAACGCUGUUUCCAGGGCUUCGAUCAGGACAAAUCUGGCAAUAUUUCUUCCGAUGAGCUGCAUCAAGCGCUCACUACGUUCGGAUAUCGGCUAAGCCCGCACUUUUCGGAGCUUCUCGUGCGCAAGUUCGACCGUUUCGGCCGUCGUUCAAUGGAGUUCGAUUCCUUUAUACAGGCGUGUGUCAUGCUGAAAUGCCUCACAGACGCGUUCCGCAUGAAGGACACCGCUCAAAACGGCACGAUCACCGUCCAAUAUCAGGACUUCCUCGAGAUGGUAUUCAACAACGCUAUCUACUGAGCAGUACUACGGCACAGCAAGCUAAACCUUCUCGUGUAUUACCUCUAGUUGAUGGGAUCAACAAUAAUACGACUGCCGAUAACCCAAUACCAAUUCAUAAUUUGUUAGACGAUAGUGCCUUCGCGUAAACGAUAGGCACAUUCCAUCCAAGUAAACUAAGAGAGAUAAAAAAUUCUAUAAAAGAUACUAGAUCCGCGUAUAUACUGUCAACGCGACUAUGUACAGCAAUAUUUAGGGCUAUCUCGACAGAAGCUAUAACUGUUCUUGACUUUGAUCACCUAGAACCCCACCUAUUACCCCAAAAAUACUAAGAUAACAUUCGUAAAACUGUUGAAUAACAGAAGAAAUGGUCAAACAACACGAAAUUUUCCAUUGAGGUUGACAAGGAUAUGUAGCAAAAAAUACUUAUACAUACAUUUAACUAUGUACUCAACAUCACAUAAGUGUGCUAGCCAUGUUAUCCUAGCACACACAGUGAUUCGAGAGGAAUGAUUGAGUUCAGCGCAUAAGUUUUUAAGAAGUUUAGCCGGCUGAACUAUGACUUUUAAGUAAUGACUGUCUAAUAUGUAGAUUGUGAUCAUUAUUACAUUGCAAAAUCGACGAGGUUACCUUGAUACGUGAAGGCGUGCGCCGUUCAGCAGAUGAACAUUGUUGAAAGCGAAUUUGAAGCAAUUGCACCAAGCAUUCACUAACACCACAUAAAAAUGUUUUUUUUUGCUGUACUACGCCGGUAGCAAAGGCUACGUGCGACCAGUACGUACUAACAACAAGAACGAAUCGAAAACAUGGGGACACACUUAUACUUCUCCUUUAUACGUAACCUUCGCCCAGCGUGUAUUUUGCGGCUAAUUGCGGCUCCGCAUCCAUAAAUAA